UUUGUGAUCAAAAUGGCGAAGCUUUUAGGAACAGUCGUGGUGUUUACCUGUUGUGCACUUGUCGUGUUUGGUGCCUGUCCCUUAGAAUGGUCUGAAUUUCAAGGCGAGUGCUUGCAUUUCAGCAGAUCUGCUAGAGGCUGGGUUGACGCGGCAAAAGACUGCAGGAAAAUGGGAGCCUACUUAUUGACAGAUGACAAUGAAGAUAAACAUAAUUUUGUUACCCAGGUCCUCACAGUUUUACACGAAUUUCGGGAGACAGCAUUUUGGGCAGGCGCCGAUGAUUACAUUUUUGAAGGUCAGUGGCGCUGGAUGGAAACCGGAACCGCUAUAGGGCCAUAUACAAAAUGGGCUGCCGGGUAUCCAUCUAAAAACGAAACUACAAACUGCCUCGUUAUGAAGUUUGUAGGAACCGACCUGUUUUGGAUGGACGAUAACUGUACCCCAUACCACCACGGCAAAGAAUAUGGUGGAAACCAUUAUUACGUGUGUGAAAAACCAUCCGACUCUGGUGGAUCAAGCGUCAUUGGCUGAGAGAUAACUCUAUAUUAUUCAAUUAUACUGAGC